AUGCCCACUCGAACCCAACAAAUGUAUGCCGACCAUGAAAUCAUGGCAUUGAUCCACUUCAAUAUGGGAACCUGGGCUGGUAACGGGGAUCCGGCGUGCAAUCGAGAUAAUUGGCUCGGAUUGCAAGGAAGUCACAAUCCAGCCGUCUUUGAUCCCUACCUGUUGGAUACCGAUCAAUGGGCCGCGGUCUUUCAACGAUUGGGUGCCAAGCACGCCGUCUUGACUGCCAAACACGGGUGUGGCUUUUUGCUCUGGCCCAGCAAAGUACCUUUGAAGAAUGUAGCCACCCACCAAUUGGAACCAUAUACCUAUUCUGUGGGUCGUCCCGGAAUCAGUGCCAUUCAAGUCGAUGUGGUGAAGCAAUUCGUCACGUCCAUGAGAAACGCCGGAUUGGGAGUUGGAUUUUACUACAGUCUCAAAAACAACUUUUUGGUAAACAUGAAAGAUCAUCAUUUUGAAAACACCACGACGCUGCUACCAGGACAGAUUCUCAUGACCAAAGAGGAUUACGAAGAAAUGGCAUUGGGACACUUGCGAGAAUUGUGGACCAACUAUGGGGAAUUAACAGAGCAUUGGUUUGACAAUGGAUACACUCCAUCCAUAAAAGACAGACUGCAAGCUCUGCUCGAGGAGCUUCAACCAAAUAUGAUUGUAUGGAGAGGACAAGGCAUUACCAACAAUACAGUCGCAUGGGUAGGCACUGAAAGUGGUUUUCCCGCAGGAGAUGAUAUCUGGUCCACUGGUUGUUACGGGAAAAAUCCUGGAGAUCCGAAUGCUGACGAGUGGUGUCCCAAGGGAUGUGAUACAACCCUGCAGGAUAGAGAUCAGUGGUUCUAUAUGCCUGAAGAACCAAUUCGCAGCCUUGAAGUCAUGGUGAAACUAUAUCACAAGACUGUUGGGCGGAAUGGAGUCCUGGAACUGGAUGUAGCCGUGGACCGUUCCGGUCGGAUUCGAUACGAUCAUGCACAACGUUAUCAAGAACUAGGAGACUAUAUCAAAGCCUGCUACGGGACUCCACUGGCUAGCUGGAAAGACCAGAAAGGGUACUUGUUGGAUUUCACAUUGUCCCAACCAAUGACUAUGGAUCGUGUCAUGUUGCGGGAGGAUCAAUGGCAAGGAGGACAACGAGUCCGCCAAUAUGCAGUGUAUGUGCAAGAAGUGGUGCCAUCUAGUACUGUUUCUACGAGCUACGAACAAGAGUGGACUUUGUUCUCACGAGGCCAUUCCAUUGGGAACAAACGAAUCGAUGUGGCGGGAGAUGGUCCCUCUGUCGUUGCCACCCAACCUGUGAAGGCAACCAAGAUUAGGAUCCAUGUAGAAAUUGCUACCGAUGUGCCCUGGUUUCGAGAGAUUGCCAUCUUUUCUCCCUGCCCUGAUACCGGCAACGUCACAACAUCGAUGAUCCCGGUAGCAGUGUCCUGA